AGUUGGAUCUGAUUUGCUGGAAUCGCGCAGGAACGACUGAAGGUGGAAGCGCUCGGUUUCAUAUCAGCUCUGGCUGGAAGCUUUUUGCAGGGGGCGAACCGUCCCAGCAGUCUGCGCCCUGCGAAGCUCCGCGCAAAAACGCGCAGAGAGAGAGAGAGAGAGAAAGAAAGAGCGUCGUAGCAGCGGAGGACGCACAGCUCCAAGUCGCUUCUUCUUUUACCUUUGAAUGCCAGCUCCUGCAUAUUCAAAAAUAAAUCACAUUUCCACUCCGCGGUGGUGACAAUCUUUGGAUCGCAACUAUUCAUGGAUAUUGUUGGAUAAUUUCUGCUCGGAUUGCUGCUCCACACGCUUACACACACUCUCUUGCAUGGUGCGCAUCGAUCGGUCCAGGACGAUGGAGUGAUCGGAGGAAUAAGUCCACCUGCACUCACUUUUUUCUUUCCUCUUUGUGCUCAGCCGUCUCGACAUGUAUUCCCCGAUUUGUCUGACUCAGGAUGAGUUUCAUCCCUUCAUCGAGGCGCUUCUCCCUCAUGUCCGUGCCAUCGCCUAUACGUGGUUCAACCUGCAGGCCCGAAAACGCAAGUACUUCAAGAAACAUGAGAAGCGGAUGUCCAAGGACGAAGAGCGCGCUGUGAAGGACGAGCUCCUGGGCGAGAAGCCUGAGAUCAAGCAGAAGUGGGCAUCCAGGCUGCUGGCCAAGCUGCGGAAGGACAUUCGGCAGGAGUACCGGGAGGACUUUGUCCUCAGCGUGACGGGCAAGAAGCCGCCGUGCUGCGUGCUGUCCAACCCAGACCAGAAGGGCAAGAUCCGUCGGAUCGACUGCUUGCGGCAGGCCGACAAAGUCUGGCGCCUGGACCUGGUGAUGGUCAUCCUCUUCAAGGGCAUCCCUCUGGAAAGUACGGACGGCGAGCGCCUCGUCAAGUCUCAACAUUGCACCAACUCAGCACUUUGUGUCCAGCCUCACCACAUAACAGUAUCGGUCAAGGAGCUGGACUUGUUUCUAGCUUACUAUGUCCAUGACCAAGAGUCGCAGCAGUCAGGAAGUCCGAGCAACAAUGAGCCAGGCAAAACCCCUCUUCCAGGGUAUUUGGAAGACAGUUUCAUCAAAUCAGGAGUUUUCAGUGUUGCAGAGCUGGUGCGAGUGUCCAGAAUGCCGAUCACCCACGGCGCAGCGGUACCCUUCUCCAUGGCUGACAUGCCUAGUCAGCCCUACUAUCAUGACCUGAACUCCAGCGUGGCACUACAGCGUUCCCUGUCCUCCCCACCCGGCAGGUUGGUCAAAAGGCCCAAAACCAACAUGGAGGAGAACAUGGAUACCAGCCCAACGGGGCCUGACUUCUACUCGUCACCCAGCUCACCAGCCAGCAGCCGGGCGAACUGGCACGACAGAGAUGGAGAGAUGUCUUCUCCCACAAUGAAGAAGCCGGAAAAGCCUCUGUUCAGCCCCACCUCGCCGCAGGACUCCUCGCCACGACUCAGCACUUUCUCUCAGCCUCAUCACCCAGGCCUGUCAGGCGUGGGACACAGUGUUAUAUCAUCGAGGAGCCCCCCUUCACACUCGCCCCUGCAGUUCUCUGCCUCGGCCAUCCUGCCUCCGGCGCCGUCGCCCUACUUCUCACACCCCACCAUACGAUAUCCGCCCCACCUCAAUCCUGCCGAUCCCCUCAAGAGCUACGUGCCGUCGUACGACCCGUCCAGCCCACAGAGCAGCCAGCCUAACAGCAGUGGUCAGGGGGUGGGAAAGGUCCCAGGCCACUUCACCCCAGUUUUGGCUCCAUCCCCGCACCACGGCCCGGUGCGACCCGUCACGCUUUCCAUGCCGGACACCAAGCCCAUCACCACAUCAACAGAAGGCUACUCAACUCCUGGCACCCCAACGUCCAAUCGUUUUGUAGGCCUGAGCCCUAGAGAUCCUGCCUUUCUCCACCAGCAACAGCUGAGGAAGUGUGACUGGAGCGUGACUCAAAACGGCAGGCAUUAUGGCCCCAGUGCCACUGACGACACUUUGGGGAUUACUUGGCAAAGUCCUGGUACCUGGGCGAGCUUAGUUCCAUUCCAAGUGUCGAGCGGGACUCCGAUUCUGCCAACAAAUGUCCACCAGAACUACAGCAUAAACAUCAUUGGUGAACCGCUGGUCCCCGCCGAGACCGGGAACUGAGCACGCAGAGGCUUGACCCACCUCCUCCCUCCCCCCACCCAGGGUGGAAGGGUGGUGCAGAGCUAGCACUACAGGUGUCUGCAGCCAUGGAUGAAACCAGCAAAGCAGCAGGUGCUGCAUAAACCCCCUCCUCAUCCCCGUCCCUUUCUUCAACCUCCUAAUCCCAGUCUCACCUCUUCAAUCUUCCUGCUCCCACUCCUCUUCCUCCUGAUGAUGACGGACAAUGGCCCUGAAGUGAAGAUGAUAAGUGGACGGCUCAGAGGAAAGAAGAAAAGACAGAAGACAAGCUUCAGGUCUGAUGUCUCCUCGCACACACCCACCAACCCACCCACCAGACAGUUGUUGCGUUUGCAGAACUUUUUUCAAUCCAUCUGAAUACUGUGAUGUAUAGAUGCCUUAAUGUUUAAUUGCAUGACACUCUAGACCCUUAGCAUUAAUUCCUACUUAUUGUUCUAUGUCAGAGGAAGGUGAAAACCAUAUUGAAUGCCCCACACCACACACACGUUCAACCGAGGGGGGUCUGCAGAUAAAUACCUGCCUGGUGGAUGGCUCAGAGACUCUGAACGAACGAUUCACUGUGUACACCGUAGGAACAAAAAAAAUAUUGUGAAUUCAGAGUGUUUUUUUCUCUUCCGUUUGAUUUCAGUUUACUGUGAUACGACUCUUUGUUUUUAAGGAAAAAAAAAAAUGUGUUGACUUUUUCUUCACUGCUUGUUUCAAGAACUAAUGUAAACACUUAUGGAGAGAGUUAAGAACUCUCAGUGCAGUUAAAAAAAAACACUAAAUGCUAACAGCUUGAGAUCGGACCCCUCCUAAAAAAAGACGACUCCCAAGUCCUUUUCAAAAGGAAUGUAAUAAUAAAAGAGGAAGAAAAAGAAAACAAUUUGCGACAGAGGCAAGUGCAAUUGAAUUUUUUUUGAAGGGAAGCUAUCAGUCUGACUGCCCUAAGACUCUAAAGGAAGGGAGAUAGUUAUUAAAUGUUUGAGAAUUUGAUUUCAGUCACAUUUUCAUCUCUUUACAUGAGUAAAAAAGCGUGAAAGACAGUUUGAAAGCAAGCAUAAAGCUACCUGUGCAACAGAAAUAAAACGGCACUUAAUCUGAUCUGAGCACUUCCCAUCAUGAUGGGCAAUUUUUUUUUCUUCACAAACAAUCUAAAAUUAGUCAAGAAAUUACACACACAAAGUGUGCGUGAAAGAGGCAUUUUGUUUCAACUAUAAAGCAUUUGGCCAUCAGCUUAUAAAGCUUAUGUGUACAGUUAUUAUCCAUGCAAAUGUACUGUAAUCUUCAUGGGUAAAGCUACAGCUUGUGCAAGGUGAACUCUAAAGUGGAUGAAGAAGCUGAAAACUGAAAAUAUGAAUCCAGGUGGUGGCAUAUCCUUGAAAUCAAGAUCUGUGCAUGGCAAUCCCACAGCUGUUGCCCCUCCUUUCCAGACACAAAAACAUGCAUAUAUACACGCACACACGAGAAAGAAAAUAUCUCCGAUACUUCUAAUUUUGCACGACGACAUAUAGUCCACAUUACGUGCCUUGCCUUUGAAUAUAGAGACAUCACUACAGUUGUUUUUGCUGCAUUUAUCAUUAUAGAGAGAGAAAAAAAUUAACAUUUUUAUGAUAAGAAUUGUUUUGUACUUUGAAUGAAAUGGUUGAUUUUUAACUUCAUGUACUACUCUAUCUCACAGUUACAUUGCAUAUCAAGGCUGUGUAUAGUUGCUGUUUUAAAGUUUGUAAUCUACCAGCAUUUGUUUUUUGUUUUCAGUAUUUUGGUGGUUUUUCUAAUAACCUUUCAUCUUUUGUUUUCUUUCUUUAUUUUCAAUGCUCAUUUUGUUCAUCGUCCCAUUACUAUUGUGGAGGGUGGAAUUCAGAAAUAUGAAAAUUAUGCAAUACCAAGUUUUGCCUAUGUAGGUAGUGCUUAUAGAUGUGUCAAUUAUUAGAGGCUAGUUUGGAGGUAGAAAAUAUGGUAAUGCAUUUAUUUUGUUGAUAUUGUUGUGAGUCGCUGUUGUUGUUGUUGUUGUUGUUGAUGAUGUUGUUGUUGUGGGUGUUUUCCUUUUUUUUUUAUUGACCAAAGUGGGGACUGCUCUCUAUGCAGUGUAAGGCAAGGUCGGAUUUUUUUUUUUUUUCAUCCAACAUUUACUGACUGACAGUUAGGCAUGUUUCAGUGUAAUAUAUUUUCUUGAAAAAGGGUGAGGUUUUUCUAUACGUAUCUAUAACAAAAUAAUAAUGCACCCUUUUUAGCUCUUUCUAUGGCUGCAAAGUCCAUAAUUAGUCUACUGUGACUAGGCAUGGGUCGGUUAACCAAGGUAAAUCAAGUAUUUUAAAAGUUGUGGUUUCGAAAUUUUCCGUCAUACUGUUUUGAGGGUUUAACACGAUGCUUGUAGUACGAAAAAACAUCAGAGUGAGCAGUUUUUCUCCAGCUGUAAGAAGCAGAGAGAAGCAUGGCAUUGUCCCUAUCCCUGUAGAGCCUGUUAGCUAGCUUAAUAAAAGGCAUUACUUUUAUUAUACUUUUUACCUAGCUUACAAGAAAGACAAAUUAGGCUUGGAAAUAUUUACGGUUUUUAAAACUAACUAACUAAAGGAGCACCCAAAAACUGUUAUUAAAUUGAGUGCAGGCCGUGACCCAGAGCACGUAGUCCAGCUAAUUUACGAGCUAAUAUCAGCUUCUAAUGCUCCCAGCAUUUUGGCAAGAAGGUUUCAUAUUCUGUGCAUUAGACACAAACUACUGCUGAAAUCAGAAGGUCUUAAAUUCUAAAUUUUACAAAAGUCUAUGUAGAAAUCUAAUGCUAAAUGAAUUUUUGGCUAGCUAAAUAAAGGCUGCUACACUUUUCCCUCGUUUUCAAGGAGAUAGUAAAAUUGAGCUGUUUAGAAAUAUUUCCAGAUGCAGAAAACAUGGGAUAGUCCAUUAGUAAAAAAUAAAACAGUGCUCCUAUUACUCUUAAAGUAAUGCUGUUUUAAAACUACAAUUGGAAAGCUAUGAGCAGAUAGUCCAACUAAUUUACUAGAUAAUGUUAGUUGAUUAUACUCCUAGCCUUACUGUAAAAUGGUAAUACGAUUGGUUAUUUAUAAACAACUUAAUUUUGUGUGUUUUUUCUAGAUUUUUGCUUAAGUCCACAUAUAAAAAUCUAUAUAAAAAAUAAAUUUUCUAGAAAAUAUUAUAACUGUAAUAAUAAUCCAUAUGUUAAAUUGUUUUUGCAGCUCUAGGAAUAAUUGUUGCUUUUGUUUUCUAUAAAAGCAAUUAGAUCAUGUUUGUUUUUUAAUGUUCGUGUAAAUGCUGUAGCAAGCGUGGUGUUUUAACUCAAGCUCAUACCGGCCCAUGCCUAACCGUGAUUCUUUCUUUCAACCUUCCACUUGGGGUGCUAGCGUGUGACAUUUCGAAAUGAGCUCAUAUAUUUUACAGGAGAGACGGCUUGACUUGAGCAUGACAAUCAUUUUAGGAGAUAAUUAUUUUCCUGUAUAUCCCGGUCGGUCUCAAAUCCCAGAGGGCUUCAGCCACGCCCUUUUGUUUUAUUUUUUUGGGUUUAAUUUUUUUUCGGGAGACGUCAGCCGAAUGCAAUUCCUGAAAAGAUGCCUUAACGAACACAUCAGCAAAGUGGCCUGUGACCUGCGCAACAAUCACACACCAACUAAUGCUGGUGAGACCUGUCCAAAUCAGUUCCAGACAGGCUCAGGCAAGCCUUCCGAGAGUAUUUUAUACCUAGCUGAUUUGUAUAAAUGUAUAUAAACGAUGUGCACACAUACUCCCCUUGCAGAAACAGUAAAAGUGUGUUAAAGUAAUUAUUGGACUAGAAAAGAAUGUUGUUUUAAUGGCUGACUAGAAGCUUAAAUAGAAUCCAUUAGAUAAGAAAAUAUAUAUAGCACUUAAAUAUAGCACAUAGGCAAUCAUCUUCUCCCUCGUGCAGUGUUCAGAAGUCUCAAUCUAAAUCUCUCAGGCAUAUUACAGGGCAUUAUGUGUAUCAAUCAUACCGUCGGUUAUGUAGAAAUCAGAGUUUUCUCUCAGAGAAACAGCAGCUCUUUUGCACUCUUUCCCUACAAUCGUGAAAGAAAUGUUUCCAUUUUGGUGUGAGCAGUUACAAAAUGAUCCUCAAGUCAAGCUUAAGCUCUUCGUUUUCACCCGGAUUUAUUACGCAGAUAAAAAAUAUAUAUUAUUUUAGAAGUCACCCCAUGCUAUGUGCACUGUUCUGUCUUUUUUUGUUUUUCUUUUAAAAAAGAAAAUGUGCUUUGUAGCCUUCGGCUAUCAGAGACCCACUGAAGUACGUUGUCCCCAAGUGUGUUUGUACGUGUGCAGUGUGUGUGUUUGAGUUGAAAACAUGACAGGGUCACUGUGCUGUCAGUGUUCGGUAAAAUUAGGAGAUUGUACAUAAAGGUAAACAUCCUGAUCGUGUUGCUAGCUGUAGUCCAGUGGGGGUUAAACUUCACUUUUGCAGCUGAAGUGUGCAUGCAAGCCGAGAGCCUGUGUUGAGUUUGUGGACGUUGUGCGAUCGAGUGCCUCUGACGUUACACGUAAAGAGAAGAUGAGGGUCUUUUUGUUAAAGAAAAAAAAACUUUUUUUUUCCUGCCGUAGGACAGGAGUUUGUACACUGUAAACUUUCUGGGGAGCUCUUCUCUGAAGGUCUUAUUUGUAAAUCUUCAUUUCUGGGGGAAAAAAGCAAGUCAGUUCCAUUUUAGGAAAAUAAAUUAAUUAGCGUAGUUUAUUUUUUUAUUUUAGAUGCUGGAUUUGAGUUAGAACUCUCCAGAUUACCCCGAAUAGCACCCUCUCAAGUGUUGUCAUCACAUUUUUGUAUUCCUGUAUUUAAAAAAAUGUGGUGGGUUAGAGAGAUUGGAGAUCUGUAGGAAUAAAGAACAACAAUGAAGGUUUUUUUUAUUAUUACUAUUGUUAAUGUUAUUAUUUCUCAUAAUUCCUAGUGCUUAGAUAUGACUAUUUUUGGGGGGAAAAACUCCAUGAAUAUUUGAAUUGUACUUUCUUUAGUGUGGCCAUAGUAAGUGUGAUAUGAUAUUUCUCAGAAAUUGUCAUUUCUUUCUUCCUUCCUUCCCUUUAUUUGUUAAUUUUGUUAGCUUUUUUUUCCCAAAUCGAGUGUAAAUUCUUGUCCAACAAGCGAGUAGUGUGAAUGUGUUCGUUGUAGCAGCUGGGAGGUGAUGUCACUCAACCAGUAAAAAGCAAACAACAAAAAAAAGAAAAUAUAAAGAAAAAAUAAAUAAAAAGGCCCCAGAUUAAAUCUGACAAUAAAUGAAUGACAAGCAGAUUAAAAUCUCCAGUGACAAACAUCCCAAACAGAUUUACAUGUUUAGUUUUAUUUUAGAUUUGUGUCAAACAGUGAUAGCUGCUGCUCAUAUCACCCCUUUGCCAAUUUGUACCCUUGCAGUUUUGGUUGUUUCGUACCUGGGUUUUUCGGGUAUUAAAUUUCACGGGACGUGUCAAUUCUACCCGCCGGAUGGACAUUUCAUUCCUACCUAGUGGAAGUUUCAUACCCAUAGGCUUUCCUCUGCCUGUGCUAGUGAUUUUGCCUACUAUUUAAAAUAAAAAGACAUGAUUUUAUUUUUUUGAUUUUAGUGGCCUUUAUUCAUUAUUAACAAGAAUUUGCACCCUGGACAGUUUUAACAUAGACUGUUGCCUCCCGUACGCCUAUCACUGAUACACAUGGGACGCUAUGAUUUCAAUUGAAAAAUGUUUCAGUGUUCUUCAUUUAUGUGUUGAUAAUCAUCUACAAUUUAUGCUUUUUCUGGUCAGAAUACGUCCACAAAUAGGGUUACAAAUUGGCAUCUUUGUUUUUUAUUUUCAAGAAUAUUCAUCUACACGAUUGACCAAUGGGCAAGCCUUGAGAAACGUGAUGAAUAUAUUGGAAUGAAAAAGCAGGCAGGGACAACAAUAAAAUGGUUUGUUUACAGGUCUCUAUAUUCAAAGGCAGGACGUAAGGAACUAGAGGUAUAAAUAGAAAAAAUGACAUUUUUUUGCAAUAAAGUACUUUCAUAAAAAUUAAUUGUUGAAAAAUGCACAAAUCGGACUAAUUGAAACAGAACGUCCUGCCGUAGACGAAUACAAAAUGACCAACACUGCAAAAGUACAAAAUGAUGAAGGAGUGAGACAGCCAGCACUCGAGCUGAUUCAGCUGGCCGAUUUGUUGUUGAUCAAUUAUUAAUUGUCUUCUCAAGAAUCUCAUUUAGAGAUUAGUAUCUACACAUCAGUCAUUUUGCACUUUUCACAUGCUUGUUGUACAAUAGAAAAGCUCUCCUUUUACGCUACAACUCUUGUAUAAAUUAAAGGGGCUUUGGAUUAGGGUACUUUACUUUUCCAGCUGAGGUUUUUUUUUUUUUCAGUUUGAAUGUCGAAACCUUUUGAAACUUUAUAAAUCUGUAAACAGUGUUCAAUUAAUCUGCAGCAUCUUGUCAGAUUAUUAUUAUUUUAGAUUUUUUUCAAAGUAUUACUACUCUAAUCAUGACAGAGGAACAGGGCAACUAUAUGCAAGGAGGAACUGUGGCACUCAUGCAAUAUGUGUGGUUUUAUUUUGUUUUAUGUUGAGCUUUCUGAAGCAACAAAUAGGCAAGCAGGCGUAAGGGAAACUUCACUUUCAUCCCACACGAGCAAUACACAUCUUCCAUGUUUUUGGCUAGCUGCUAGUCACUCAACGUCAGGUUAUAAAGCAAACAUGAAAACCAGCAGUUUUACAGGAUGCAACUCUCACCAAACUGAGACGAGAAGAUAGCGAUGCAGUGCCUGUUCGAGCUGUCCAAGUGUCUGUUGUAUAUAGCAGUGGAAUGUGAUAGAUUUACUUUACAUCACUCAGAGGAGAAUGUGACUAACUCAUCUGGAAAUGUGCUUUUCAUUACAUGCUCAUGGAUUUCUUUUGGUUUGUUUUGUUUUGUGAUGUAUUCAUAUUCUAACUAUGUCAGCACACAUGUCCAAAUCAAACUUGUUUAAAAUUUAAAAUGAUUUUUCUUUUCUGGGGUUUGGAGCAAAGGGGGUCAGUGCUACAUAUUGUUCAGUGAAAUGAUGAAGUAAUGUAUUUUCUUUUCUCUGCAGAGCAGAUUUGUUGUUGUUUUCCUUUUUUUGACGGGAGGUGGGUAGUGGGGGUCUUGUGGCACUUUCUCUUCCCUCUGCACACACAUUUCACUCUGAGGAAGUACGGUGGAAUUGUACGUAACGAACAACAACAACACCAACAACAAAACAGUAUGUAAGCAGUCUCCAGUAGUGAUCGUAGUUACACUGCAAGUGUGUUCAAGGUCUAUGUAUGUAUCUGAAUGUAUGUUUUAGAGAAUUUUUGGAAACUUGUUUUUUUUUUUAAAUCUUUUUAAUUUACAGUUUAGAAGCCACAGGUGUCCAUUGUGAACUGUAUAGCGAAGGCCUUGAUAUCCCUUCUUUUUAUUGAUUUUUAGUAAUGCAAAGCAUUUAGGCAAUGCCUUCAAGCUGGUUACAUUUGAUGCAGGGGCUAAAAUUGCCACAAGAUUAAAAAUCAGUGUAAAUAAAGGCUCAACUUUUUGUGAUUGUUACUGUUAUAUCCAGCCUAUACUGCUAGCAGCUGUUUUUACUGCAGUCAAUUACUGGAAGUGGAUAUAUUUCCUAUGCAAAACUGUUUAAACAAUAAAAUGAGCUAUGCUACAAAAAUGA